AUGGCUAUACAGAAUUCAGAAGAAAAGAUGCUUCCGCUGACUGAAAUUUACAAAUAUAUUAUGGAUAAAUUUCCGUUUUAUCGCAAAAAUACACAACGAUGGCAAAAUUCUCUCAGACAUAACUUAUCAUUCAAUGAUUGUUUUGUUAAGAUACCACGACGACCAGAUAAGCCCGGUAAAGGAUCUUAUUGGGCGGUUCAUCCACAUGCUCUAGGAAUGUUUGAAAAUGGUAGCUGCUUGAGACGAAGGAAAAGGUUCAAGGUCCAAACAUAUGGUACUAGCGAAGAUUUGCAACAUCCACUCCCGAAGCUAACCUACCAUCAACCUCCGUGUUCUCCAUUGCAAUGGCUAUUCCCUACUCAUUUACCAUCAUCCGUAAUAUCCGGAACAUUCAUGGAUCCGCAACAAUUCUUCUUGACAACCCAUAGCCUCCUUUUGUUCCCUUCUUUAACUCAGCAAUUAGCUGAUUCAUCAACCAUUAUGACACCAAAAUCAAUUUGUAAUUCUUCCUUUACCAUUGAUUCAAUAUUAUCAUCACCAACCUGA